CGCGCCAUGCUGGGCCGGCGGCGCGUCUUCGCGGUGGAGCCGCUCGGCCGGGAUGGGGCCGGGAAGGACCUGGCAUGCAGCUGUGUAGUGCCUGGAGUCACCAGUACCUACAGACGGAUCCCGGAUGCAGCUCAUGGUUGCCCAUCAGAUACCCGGAAGGAAGAGGUUGAACUGAGAAAUCUCAGAAGGCAAGUGCCACUUCUGAAACUGGCCUCCCGGGACUCAGGUGUAGAGAUGAUGGUUGGGGACAGUCCCCUGGCUACCUUAUCAGAACUUUCACAGGACUCUCUGAACCUUGAGCCCAUGGGGAGCCCUGAGCACCUGGCCCUUGAUGCCACAGAGCCCCCUGCCCAGCUGGGCCGGUUGCUGGCCAACCACAAGCUGGGGCAGGUGCUGGAGCGGUCCCGCCAGCUCCCCAGUGUGUCUGGAGAGCAUGGUUCCUUGAGCAAGCCGCAGUGUGGAGUGUCCCUUUUUGGAGCAGGAGAGCAAGAGACCACUGAGGCCGAAACUAAGCUAGAGGCAGGCCUGGAAGCAGAGGUGGUGCAGGGUCUAGAUCCUGGAUCUUGGGCCUGCCUCCCGGGGCAGGGUCUUCGAUACCUAGAACACCUGUGCCUCGUGCUAGAGCAGAUGGCGAGGCUCCAGCAACUCUACCUGCAGCUGCAGACCCAGAGACCCCUGGAGAGUCUUGAAGAGGAGGAGUCAGCCCUGGUCCCUUUACCUUCACCUUCACCUACCCCAGUUAAUGGGGUACAGGGGCCAGGGGAGCUGCUAAGCCAGACAAAGGAGACAGGGGCAGACGCAGCUUUAUCCCAAAAGGUGGGAGUGCUCAGCAUCAACCCUCCCAGGCUGACAGAGGCCCCAGUGGAACCAACUCACAGUUUUCUACUCUCCCAGGAACACAAGCAGGAUCUCUCCCACUGGGACAAGGUCAAGGUCCUCCUCAAUCGGAUCCGCUGGAGGAGCUCCCAACAUCCUGAGCCCCCUGCCCCUCCUGAUGGUUCUGGCCCUAGGAUUGAGACCAGGGCCCUCUCUGAAAGGCCUCAGUAUCACCCCCACCGGAAGACCUUUAUGCCAUCAUUAAUGGUGAAGAAGCGACGAGGAAAAAACCUUUCUGUAUAAUGAGACCUCUUUGUGCAUGGUGACUCUGGGUGGAGGGGAUUUGCUGUGAAGUCUUCCUCACUCUGCAUUGCCAGGGAGAGCUGUUGACUUGCCCUUCUCCAAGGCGAGGGCUGAGUCUGUGUCUUCUGAGCAGCCUGGCAGAGGAACCCUGGUUCCUUGAGAGGCUCCAAGAUGCAGCAGCUCCAGGGUUCCUUCUCCCCGCCAGAAAUCCCUCUGCUUAGACAAUGUGAACUAACUUAUUUAUCAGAUGUUCAAGGAGCAUGUUUGGCACAGUGAUGUCUGGACCAGCAUGGUGCAGAUGCGUUUAUGCAUAACGAUAUGUACAUCUUUGUGGGACUAUCAGUAUUGUCAACUGGCUGGAUUCAACCAUCCCUACUGGAAUCAUAUAUCCAAAGCCUUCAGAGUGAGAUAACUGUGGAAGGAUGAAGUUGACCUUCCUUCUGUAGUGGUCAGUUACUGAACUGGAUUCCUGCUUUCCUCUUCAUACCUGAAUUGGCAGCUCUAGAACAGAGAAAGGCAUUGUCCUGGCUGCCUCUGUAUUGAGUCUUGCCCUUGGAGCACAGCCCCUGAAGACCACAUGAGGAAUUAGGAGGCUCAGGACAACGUGCAGAACGGCAGAAUAACCUUCAAGGUCAAUUCUCAGUUGCUCUGCUCCAUAUUAGCUUUUACCUGUCAGAGCUGAAACCAGAAGUCCAUACUAGCUUUUAGACCUUGACAAAGUCUAUUAACUUCUGAGCCACAACUUCCCAUUUGGGCUAAUGAUGCCUGUUCUGCCUACCUCACAAGCUUGUUAAGAGGAUAAAGUGAGAUUAAACUGUCUCAAAGAGUA